GUCCAGUGCUGUCCGGGCGGUGGCGAGUUGUAGGGUGUCGGGGCUGGCUUCAUGUACUGCACCAGAGUAUUAGACUAUUUUCCUCACAAACAAGCAAUGGCUGUGGAUGUAGCAAUGCAGCUAUAUCUUUGCUCUUCACCCUUGCGAAGAGACAAGUGUGCCUGCAAAAUUGCUCCGAAGCCAAGCAAGCCGCUGCGGCCCUGCAUCCAGCUGAGCAGAAAAGCUGCACUGACCGGACCAGAAGAGGCAGCAAACUCCUUCACACACAACAAAGUGAAGAAGAGGGUGUCGUUUGCAGAUAGCAGAGGCUUCGCUCUGACGAUGGUGAAGGUGUUCUCAGAGUUUGACGAUCCACUAGAUAUUCCUUUCAACAUCACCCAGCUGAUAGACAAUAUUGUGGGUCUGACAACAGUGGAGAGGGACAGCUUUGUCCUAGAUUUUGUUCAGCCUUCUGUGGACUACCUGGACUUCAGGAACCGCCUUCAGGUGGACUGUGUCUGCCUUGAAAACUGUAUGUUAAAGGAGCGAUCCGUUGUGGGAACAGUGAAGGUGAGGAACCUUGCUUUUGAAAAGACUGUGAAGAUCAGGAUGACGUUUGACACCUGGAAAAACUUUGUAGAUUACCCAUGCCAGUAUGUCAAGGAUACGUACGGAGGGUCAGAUCGGGACACAUUUUCCUUUGACAUCAGCUUGCCCGAGGGAAUUCAGUCCCAUGAAAGAGUAGAGUUUGCCAUCUCCUUUGAGUGUAAUGGAAAAGUGUACUGGGACAGCAACAGGGGCACAAAUUAUAGGAUCAUACGGUCGGAACUGAAGUCUGCCCAGGAAGCUGUCUGCCCCCCCCAGGGCCCUGACUUUGGCAGUGCCUUUGACCAGUUUGGGAGCCCUCGGUGCUCCUACGGCCUCUUUCCCGAGUGGCCCAGCUAUUCAGGCUAUGAGAAGCUAGGGCCUUACUAUUGACCCCAGGACGAAGUCCUGACUGACUAACUGUUGCUGGCGUGUCCGCAGGCCUGGGAGCUGGUCUGAAUGCGAGGUGUACGGAUAGGUGGAAGAUGUAUGGCUUCGGGCAGCUCUGCAAAAGCCUCUGAGCAAAACCAGUCGUGGAAUGCUCUGCUGGCAGUGGACUGAAUAGCCAGGGAAGUGUCUCUAGCACAAAGGGCUGCCUUCCCUGCCCCAACUUGGAUGACUGGCUCUCCAGAUGCUCAAAGAACCAGGAGCUGUUGCUCGUGUUUCUCUUCAGUGCUGCUACUCCUUCCUCUUCUAUAAAGCUGCUAGUCUCCUGGGAAACACUACAGUGCUUAUAUCACAUGUCCAGACUAUGUAGUGGUGGCCGGUUUGUAUUGCUUGCCUAGUGCUAAAAGGCUUUUUCAAAAUGUUCUAUUAUUAUAAUUUUAGUGAGCUGUACAUCAGCUGCAGGGUUCUCCUUGCAAAGCUGGCCUGUGCCUGUCAAGUAAUAGAGGGGUUGGCUUGCACGGAAUGGGGUACCCUCCUUGCGCGUGUCCUUCUAGUGUGAGGUCCUUCCUACUGGAGCCAGAAAGGGUAUUUUAGAAGUGAAAAUGCAACUGUGAUGACAGGAAAUGUGGUCCUACAGCCUGCCGUAUUAGGAGACGUGUGUGUCCGUGGAGGAGGAUCUCAUGCUUAGUCACCAGCUGUUUUAUCAGCUGAUCUCUGAAAACUCUCAUGGUGUUACCAAAAAUAGAGAUUAGCUGUAGCUGUGUGGUGCUUGUAACACAGCUGUAGGUUGACAACCUUGACUGACUUCUUAAACUUUCCUGUUUCUUUAAUCACAAGUCAUCAGUGAUGCUUUUUCCCCUUGAUGGACACAUGAAGUCAGCUGUUGGCCAUGUUGGGCCCUGAGAAUGCAGUUCUUCCUCCUGUGGACUGUAAAACAGGGCUUUGUCUGGCUGGGGCCCAGAGUCCUGUGCAGGAAGCUGUGCUCAGGUGUUACAGGACCUAAAUGCAAAUGGACCACAUAGCUACUCUGUGCUGUGUCCUGUUACAAGAAGGUAACUGUUGUGUACCUACUGUGGUGGAAGUGCCUUGACUGAGAAAGGGGUGGUAUGUAUGAUCCCAAGCAAUGUUUUGGGAUAAACAGGCUUUGGAAAUGACACUGCUUUUAAAAAAGAUCUCAUAAUGGUUUGUUACUCCAUGCCAUGGACUGCUUGGCACUGCUCACAUUGCAAGGAUGCUGUGGCUAUACUGGAUGAACAUCAACAUGCUGGGCUUCCCUUGCUGUUGUAGCAGUAGCUGCCAUUUCAACCUGUAAAUGCCCAAACUUUGCGUCUCGGUGUCCAUAAGAAGCAGCCCCACAGGUGCAAAGAAUUAGCCAUGAGGAAUGUGAGAUGUGGGGUUAUCCUGACACCACGCUGGAUGUGAAAUAAAUCGUGGAUGUGGGCCAUCCCUAUCCUGAAAGAGGUGGCUCAUCAUCUGGGCCUGUGCUGAGGUGAGGUGAGGUGGCCAGCUCGUGCAGUGCCAAGCAGCCUCACAAAGCUUCCUGCGUGCUAGUUGAGCAGAGUAACUUAAUCCCUCAUCUCAAAGCUAGAGUGCUGAAUAGUUUGUGGAAAUAGAGGUCACGGGAAUCUUAUUUUUUUCUAGUGCAUAAACUUUACAUAAUUUUUGGGGUGCCUAUAAUAGCCUGGGCUAGAGGCAAUGGGCUAGGCUACUUACUUUUUUAAACCCAACUUUUAAUUCUGGAGACUACUGUGUGAAAUACUUACACGUUGUUUUAUCCUAACCUAGAAGGCAUACUGUGAUCACUGUUGGAUGCUGAAAGGAACAAGAGCUUGCAGGAAGAAUACUUAGCCUUUAACUGCUGCUUUUUCAAAACCCAAUAUCAAUGCACGUCAUCACUGUGCUUGAUCACUUAGUCAAGGUGAUAAAUCUAUUUGCUAGCCCAGAGCUCAUCAGGCUUGUUUCCUUUGUUUAAAAAUCUUCACGAGUCAGCCCUUAUAACCUGCAUUGGGUCUCUUGAAGAGACUGUUGCCUAGAUUGGCAUGAUCCUUGUUUUAAACUUAAAGCAAGUCCGAGUGACACUGAUUUUCUUUUUUUUUUUUUUUUUCUUUUUCUUUUAGUUUAAGGUGUUAAUGCUGUAAGACACAGACUGUAGAAAAGUCAUGUUCUCCUGGCAUGUUCUCGUGCCUAUGGAGAGCUGUUUGUGAGCCAAAAUGAGGCAUGUAUGUCUGGGGUGCUGUGGAUGGUGGUAUCUACUUAUGGGGCCUGUUUGCUUUCAGGCUGGGGCUGGGGCAUGCUUAGGGAGGAACAUGGAAGAUAAGCUAGAAGAGCAGUGCCAUAAGUAAAAGCUAGGCUGGGAACUGACUAUAUGACCAACAGCAGUUUAAAAAUACUACUUGUGGCCUUUCCCCUUUUCCCUUUUUACAUUGCCAAUGUGAACAUAGAAGUGAGGGAUUGCCCUCCUCGCUCUAUGCCUGGAAGUGCCUUGUGGGGUGUUUUGCAUGUUUUUAAAGAUAUUUUUGUACACAACAUUCAAGUGGAAAAAUGCACUUUAUAAUUGCCAUGUAAUGACUCUUUUAAAACUAUGGUUCUGUUUUUAUCUGAUUGUUAAAAUAAAGGUGGAACAAAACGUUG